AUGGGCGCUCAUCCGCGGCCGCCUCAGCGUUCCGUGAGCUCAUCAUCGUUACCUGUCCAGCGCCCCCCGCCACAGCGAUCAUUAUCACAUCAGCAGCAGUUUAUGGCGGCCGCCUCGCCAGUUCGAAAGGAUGCUUCUUUCAUCGAUUUAACCGCCGACGCCGGCGAUGCUACCCCUAAUCGUUAUCACACAACGCCUAGAAGAGGAGGCUCACGUCUUCGGCUCGAGUUGUCACACAAUGCUUCUUCAAGUUCCUUACCUACAUCCGAAUCGCCGCAGUCUCUUACACCCUCGCGAAUACCCAAUUCCGAUCCCUUUCAAGCUAUGGUCGGCAGCCCUGCCGACAGCGCCAGCUCAACUUUUAUGCCGAUGCCGACACGUCGACCGGUACCUUCACAACCCAGAUUCGCUCCUCGAAUUACAGCGACAGCGCCAGCGCCAGCCAAGAAAGAUGUCCGGCCAAAACCAUACACCGUCGAGAUUCCCUCCGUCGCGCCACGAUACUUCUCAGCCAACCGACCCGAAACCGUAGUACGAAAUCCCGUUGACCCAUUCAGCAAAGGUCUUAACUCUGGAUACGCCGAUUUCUUUCCCUGGAAUGGAGCACAUUAUGAAGACGAGUGGAGCAGCGAAGCGAUCACAAAAGGGACAUGGGAUAAGGUGAACUUGAAUGUUCCCGAAACUUCGUCUGCUAAGCUUGCCAUCUUCCCGGCUCUGAAGCAAAAGACCGGCCUGAAUGCACUGUCUACUAUAUUUAUGGGAGUUCUGACUCAGCGUAGACAUCGAGGACAGAUCAAUGCGCCCUCGACUUUCAAACCACCACCUCGAGUUACGCUCACGGAUACGAAGAGAGAGGUUUGGCUCAAAGACCUGGCCAAUCCCGCGAUAUCUCUUAGACGCCUCAGCCGAACUAUCCCCCACGGCAUUCGCGGAAGAACGUUACUCGACCAAUGCUUGAACAAGAACGUUCCCGCCGAGCGAGCUGUUUGGUUGGCAAAGUGUGUCGGUGCCAAUGAGAUCAGAGGGUUGAAGAGGAAGGGUGUCAAUGGUGCCUUUGUCAUGGGUGGUGAACUGAAAUGGGCUCGCGACUGGACCGUUUUUGUUGAGCAAUUUGUCGAUGCCGUUGUUGCUGGGUUUGGUGAGAAUGACUGGAAGAACCGAGUCACAUAUGCCAUCCGCUUAGCAACGAACCUUUACUCAGAGCAGUUGCUAGAUCGAGAUCAUUACCUUGACUGGGUUGUAUCUGGAAUUGAGAAUAGCCUUCAGUCGCGUAUUCCCAUGUGGCUGCUCAUUGCUCAGAUUUACUGGAAAGACCUUCUCAGGUCACGCAAGUAUGGCCGGAGGCUUGUAUUUGCUCUACUCAGCCACUUGCAUGUGGUAGGUUCACACGCAACUAUUAUUCUAAACGAUUUGACUAAGCAAGACCAGAUAUCCAACGACCCUGAUAGGGAUCUUCUCGUGCAACUCUCCAGUAGACUGUCAGCUUUGCUCGUCUCACUAAUUCGUUCUAACCCAGAGAGCUUCAUCAACCCUGGAGCCUGGUCGACUUACAAGGAUACCUUACAUGCUUGUCUGCGCUCUGAUGAUGAGCAGGCUCGAAAGGCACUACAUGCCAUUAAUUCACGAAACUCACGUCUGGUAGUGUCUAGUACUGCUUCUCCUCCUGCUGGGCGAAGUCAACUAGUCAAGUUGCUUGAUGCUGCCUUGAAAGAGUCUAGCGAUAACCAUUUAGCCGCAGCAUGCUGGGCAACAAGUGAGAACAAGGCUUUGAUAAUGAGAACAGUAGUUGAGUGGGCAACUUCGUUCCAUCGUCCAGGUUUAGCCAAGGUUUAUGCCGCCGCCCGUUUAAUUCGGCAAUGGAGCCAAUUUCGUGUGAACCCUACCACGCCCAUCCUCGAGACACUCGACAACAUCGCCCCCAAUGACAAGGCACGGAAAAACCUCGUCUAUCACCUGGUCACGGAGCUUGUUCGAACAGGCCACUUUUCCGUGUCUCAAUAUAUGCAGUGGACUAUCGCUCGUGGUGGUUAUCAUUGUGCCGCGGAAAUCGACCCCGUGUCAGGUCCGUGUUCCAGCAGGUUGCUAGUCGAACUUCCGCUCCAUUCUUUAUCUGAGAGGAAAAGGGCUGAAAGAGCAAACUUGUUAAGACGAGCUGGCAACUAUUCGGUCGCUGAGGAGGAGCAAGACAUCGCCAAUGCAAUCAGGGUCGUGAAACAUGUUGUGGGGCUCCCUUUACUCUCAAACGAUCCAUUGUCAGGGCGGAAGCCAAUGUCACUCAAGAGGCUAUUGCAACGGAUGGGCGGUAGCAGUACUGCUCUAAGGAGCAGCAUUGGGGCACAUUUGCGCGAUGAGCUAACUGGGCAGUUCAUCAUGAAGGGCCACCCUUUAUCUCUGACUAUGUUCACCGCUGUUCGAGACAUUAUGGAAACUGCCGAAGAUUACGCCAUGUUAUCCGACAUUCUUGGAGCUUGCGCGAAGACCGCCGAUCCUGACGUUCUGGCGUCCGUUGCCGAUACUGUCCAUUCAAACUUGCAAAUCUUCUGCGCCUUGGAUAGCGCAGAUGAACUGUUUAACAGCCUGAUCGAGCGCCUUAGAAUGAUGAACGAGGAGCAAAGACUCGUUCCACGACCACUACUUGCAGCUCUUGACAGUCUUGCGCAACGUAUGGCUGGUCAUGAGGUUAUUGCCAGCCAGCUUCGCCAAGAACUCGUCCAAAAUGAUCGCAACAACGCUAUUGAUGCUUGCUCGCCGGUUUCCGACAUCGUAGCAACCCCCUCUCACCAAGCUGAAAACAACGUGGCUGAAGAAGUCGAGAAAACACUUUCCAGUGGAACACGGUUGGACCCUCCAACAAUGAACAAGCUUUUCCGAAUGAUAAUCCCUGCUCUUGAGCGCGGGUGGGAGAAGGAGGACGAUACGCGCCGGGUGUUGGCAACUUUACUCGCGAGAAUACGAGUUUUUGAUGCUCACCAUUUUGAUAAACUCAUGACCGACUGGACAAGUCAUAUUCGUUCGAUACCGAACCGCUCCUCCCUUUCUACUUUAUUCCCACUUCUUAUCAUUACAGGGUGUCUGACAAUGCCUAUUAUAAUGAGCACUGCAAGCCCUCCAUUCGCGAAUAUCCAGAGCCUUGCCCCAGAGUCGUCCAGAGGUCCUGCGACCUACUUACAAGAACUCUUACAACUCGUCAUCAUGCCGCUUCCCCAAGCAACAGGGCUUAUAGCUGAGGAAGCCUACCGUUUCCAUACCGAACAAAAGUGCGCCAAAUUUGAGCAGUCCAAAGGAUUGCUGAACCUUGUUCGAAACGCUUUGCUCGAGUACUCGACUGUCAGAAACCAUGUCGAUGGCACCGAGUUUCCUCUUGACAAUAUUGAGUGCCAAGAAAGUCUGCUCGAGACCUUACGAACUCUGGUUCUGGUGGAUUCCUCCGCAGUCUCAAAUGCUUUAGGCAUCAAAGCGCUUCCUGCUGAAGCUGUAGGUCUCGUCCGCAAGGUGACCACGAAACUCCUUAUUCCUGGAGACUCAGGCGAUACUCAAAUUUCGUUCGAUCAUAUUUUACAGAUUGCCAACGAGUUGACGCUGCCUUUCUGCCAGCUGAAGCUUAACUUAGAUCUGUCAUUGCCACAGCCUAGCGCAAUUGAGGGACAAGAUCAGAGUUCCUCUCGCUUCGAGAUAUUCGCCAGGGCGAUGGAUCGAGCCAUUGAAGCAGGCAACAUCAUGUGGACCAGUUUGUUACCUUGUUUGAGUGACGACAUUACCCAGCAUCUCAAGACACAGGCUCAAACUGGAUUUCUCGACCUGGUUCCUUCGUCGAAGGCUCCUGACUUUGUCGACACUGUGUCACGGCAGUCCCUCCGCAUGGCCGAGAAUUUACUAGAAGUCGUGGAGGCUAUUAUCUCGGGCCAAGCCCCCCCUAAGAUGGCACAGUUAUCCUUGAGCAUGGUCGAGAAGCUGACAGACCUGUGGGAAAUCGUCGCAGCAGGGCCUCAGGAGCGUCCCAACUGUCACGCUGCCGUAUUACAGCAUUGGCUGCCCGCUAUGCUUCGUUUUGUGAACCUCCAUAGCUUGUCGUCCGAGCCACCAUCAGCCCCUCUUCCCACGGCUUCGGCGACACGGCCUCCUAUCCCACCCGUGCACGAUGUUCGAGCACGCAUUGUCCUUGUUCUUUGCGGGUUACUACUUGAUUUGGAAACACUGCCGCCAGCUACUGUUGGCUCCCUUGUCCAGCAGGUCUUCGACAUUGCUAUUCUCCUGGUAGAUGCCCUGCCCGAGGAACUGCGAGCCAACUGUGCCAAGGCCAUUUUGUUAAACCCAGGCGGAAUGCCCAACCAGGGAACAUCAUCUGACCCUCGGCUUUACUAUUUAUUCAGCUCACCACCACCGUCUCCGUCAGAUAAUCUUAUGCUGUCCCACCGAGAAAAAGCAGCAACGCCUCAGAGUGCUGCCGCUCGUGGCAUGGGCGCGCAAUACGGCAUCGGGCCAGUAGUCCAGGAGCGCCUGAGUCCCUUCAUUCUCCGUCGCUGGGAGGUGCUUAGCGAACCGACUCCCAAUGUUGGUGAGAACGAUACGAGCUUAAGUCUAGGUCUUUUUGAAGCUAUCAAGCUUCAGUGA